CUUAUUUUAUGAUUUUUUUGUAUUAUCAAUGUUUAUCUUUAACAUGUGCUCAAGGCACCGUUUUUACAAUUUUAGUAAUUUUACCGGUUCGAAUAUAAAUCUUGAGAUACUGAAGAGAAUAGAGAUAGUAGAGAUACUAUUAUUAAUAUUACAAUUUACAAUACAAAUCAGUACUUACUUUUUAAUUAGUUGUCGUGAAAAUUGCCAUCUGGAGUAAACCGAAUAUCAAAAGUCCGUUGUUGGUUUUUAGUUAAUUGUGUAAAUAUUGACGAGUACUAAGCAUGAGUUUGGUAUCGUUGAACGAGGCAGAAAAGGUAUACAUUAUUCACGGAGUCGAGGAAAAUUUCCGAUGCGAUGGACGCAGUCGACAAGAUUACAGGCCAUUGGAAUUGGAAAUGGACAUCGUGAGCAAUGCUAAUGGAUCAGCACGCUUGCGAUUAGCCAACUCUGAUAUUUUAGUAUGCGUUAAAAUCGAGAUUGACACUCCACUUCCAGAAACACCAAAUGAUGGCAAAAUAGAGUAUUUUGUUGAUUGUUCGGCUAAUGCAACUCCAGCAUUUGAAGGACGUGGUGGUGAACAUUUAGCUGCUGAACUCAGUCGCUUUCUUUCCUUAGCUCAUAGCCCAGUGUUUAACUUAAGCAAAUUGUGUAUUGUUCCUGGACAAUCGUGUUGGAAAUUGUUUGUCGAUGUUCUGAUAUUAGAAUGCGGGGGAAAUUUAUUUGAUGCUGUAUCAUUGGCAGCUAAAGCUGCUUUGUGCAAUACAAGUUUACCAAAUAUUGUGGGGAUAUAUGAAGAUGGUCAAAAUACCGAUCUCCAGAUAUCUGAUGAUCCGUUUGAUACAAAACUGCUAGACGAGAGUGACCUACCUGUUUUGGUAUCUUUGUGCAAAAUUGGCAAUAGUUAUGUGGCUGAUCCUACUAUAGAGGAAGAAAUAUGUGGUGCAGGAUGUAUCGUUGUAUCUGUUACGCCCAAAGGCAAUGUAACAGCCGUAUUGAAAAAAGGAGCUGGUAGUUUUAUGCCAGAUACAUUAAAUGAGAUCAUUACGUCUGGUUCACACAUUGGUAUUCUGUUGAACAAAGCACUCAAUGAAACUCUUAAUCAAGACAUGUCCAGUAAUGUUUGUAAGCAACAAUAUGGUUUCCUCAAAUGAAUACAAAUUAAAGUACAUACUUUUUCUUUUAAUGUAAAUAAUAUUUAAUAUAAACAUUUAUACAUUUUGUAAUACUGAUUGACAAUAAAAAUAAAAAAUAAAAUAAAAGUAAAACUGGAAAAUGUUUAUAUACUCUGUCUAGCGUGAGUAUAUGCUAAUUUUGCGCAUCCUUAUGUGGGUCACCUUGCCAUCGAGAUCAGUCCCGCUAUGGUAGGAUUU